AUGUUCGCGCACAAGCAAGCGGGACAACAAGCUGCUCUUGCUCGCACAUUGGAUUCUCGAAGCAUGCUGCCUGUCAGGAUCAAGGAUGCAAGACGCAAGUUCCGGUUGCGCAACGUUGAAGAUGCAGAGUCCGCUGCGGCUCGAUAUGCCGAGGGGAAUAUUGUAUUUAGCGACCGAGCGGAAGCGUCUUUACUUGACUGGAUACCCGUUGAUAGUCGCCUCUCUGUGGUUCGCUUGACAACUCACCAUCGUACGAAUGCUAACUGGAAUUGUGCCAAAAACCACCUUCCACACAAGUCGCGCACACUUCGCUUAGCCACUAGUGGACCCAGAAGUCAAACGAAACUACCAGAACCAGCUCCUCUGAAGCCUGCCGGACAGAACGGUGUCGGAUAUAAACGACCACAGGGGAAACAUUAUCCAAAGUGCUACUCAAAGCCGGAAUGUCUGUUUGCGGUACAACCCAGCCAACCCCAUCCAAGCAUUGGAUCUCUGAUAGGACCGUAUCUUUGCUGGAGACCCGGUGACAGAUUCCAUCUGGUCGCCUCCACAGCACCACCCGGCGCAUCAUCCGACGCCAGGUGA